AUUGUGUGCAUCUCAUUGUGAGGAACUACAGCCCCGGGGGCAUUUAGCUAAAACUAAAGAUCACUUUGGAUUAUUUGCUGUUUUUUUGUCUGUAUUUCAUUACAUAUAUGGUCAAAGUGUUAACUUUUUUCACUUUAGCACUGGAAGAUGGAUCCUGUUUCUUAGUUUCUUACUUUUCAAGCUGGACUGACUUUAAAGCAUGCGUCGUGGAGACUGGUUGCCUUGGCCUGGUGAGGCUCAGAGACGAGACGAAAGGAGAUCCGAAGCCAGAUUGGCCGAGGGUCUGCAGAGACUCGACCAGGCUAAACAUUACCACCUCAACACACUGGCCAGAGAACAGCGCAGACUUCACAGAGACCUCAUCUCCAUCAAAACAGGUAAUCCCUGGAAAAGAGGACUCCAAAGUUUAGGGCUACGACCCUCCAACCAUGAUGUUGUUCGCCCUGCUGCAUCUUACAAGAGGACCCUGUUACCCAUCAUCCCCAUGGCAGGAAAGGAGAUAGACAGUCACAGGUCCUCUUCACUGCAGGCUCGUGUUCAGGAGUUUAUGAGCAAUGGGGAGAAAAGGGCAGAGCACUCCUUUGAGACGCUCUGUCUGCCAGACCUAAAACAGCAGCUUGUCACCUCUCUCACCGCUACGAGCACAGAUACAGAAAGAGAGGAGAGCAAGGAGAGAGAGAUGGAUGGAGAACAGGACAGAAACAGAGGGGCCCACGUGGACAUAGUUAGGGACAGAGAAAAAGACAGCCAGAAAGACAGGGAAUGGAUGCUGUUAAGGGAACGAGAGAAAGUUAAUGAAAGUGGAGCUGAGGUACAUGGGAAUAGGUGUCCGUCCUCUCCUGUCACAUUCCCCUCUGAGAUGCUGGCUCCGGAUGGACAUUUAAGAACAGUUCACACGUUACCAAACUUUGCCCAGGCACUGGCCGCGGCCCGAAAAGCAAGAUACAUCAGAUACCGAGGACAACCGCUGUGUGAGCGAGAACUCACCAUACGAGAGAUAUUUGCCCGAGAUUCAAGAGCUCCUGCUCAUUGAGACACUAAAACAGUGGUUCUUGACUGGUUGUAAUUACCAUGUUUUAAUUACCGUAAUUACUUGAUGACAGCCUGUCCUGGAUGUUCUACUAGAAGCUUCACAUAGUUAGUUCACCAAAAAAUGAAUAUUCUGUCAUUAAUUAUCGUUCCAAACCUGUAAGACCUUCAUUCAUCUUUGGAACACCAAAUUAAAACAUUCUGGAUGAAAUCCGAGAGCUUUCUGACCCUCCAUAAACAGCAACACAACUACCAUGUUCAAGGCCUAAAGACAUCAUUAAAAUUGUCCAAGUGACAUCAGUGGUUUAAUCGUUCUUUUAGGAAGCUACAAGAAUACUUCGAGAAUAAUUUGUGAAAUGUCUUCUUCUGUGUCAGUCUUCGAAACGUGUUCACGAGAGUACUAUGACGCAUGCAUGUUCAUUUGUCUGAUGUCACAUGAACUAUUUUAACAAUGUCUUUAUUAACUUUCUGGACAUGUCAGAUGUGUCGCUGUCCAUGGGAGGUUUAGAAAGCUCUCGGAUUUCAUCAAAAAUAUCUUCAUUUGUGUUUCUAAGAUGAACGUUUUUUAUUUUAGGGUAAACUAUCCCUUUAAUGCCCAAAGUAGACCUCAGUUGUGAUGCAAAUAUUUACUGUAUGCAUAUAGCUGAAUGUGUAGCCUUUGAAGGUAUAUUUGAUGACAUGUAAAAAUACAGGAGCUCAGCAUAUGCUAACUAGCAAAUUUAAGCUUUGUCCAGUGUCUAAAUUGACUUUAAUGUAAUUUUUUCUUACUUUGCAAUAUGUUUUCUUGAAUGAGACAGCCUUAUGUGGCCGACAAAAAUGUGACCCUGAAGGCCGCAACCUUCGAAAUAAGACUUUAGAAAAUCUGUCAGUAAGCGUGUACUAUGGUAUGCACAUUAUCUACACAGUAUGCAUAAAGUUGAAGUAUACUUUGGGCUAUUAUAUAUUAGACAUUACUUAUCCAAGUCUGUGCUAACUAUAUUUUGUCCUUACAGUAAAUAAUUAGUCAUUUCAACAUAGUGUGAAUGCACCUUUCAUUAUUUGCUUUUGAGAACCUCUGAGCUAAAACACACAAACCAAAACACAUGCUCACAAACAGUUCCUUGAUCUUUCCUCUACUGAAGCUCACACACAUACAUACAUUUAGAAUAUCCAUUUAAAUGUUAGGAUAUGUUAAUAAUUGUAACAUGAUUAAUUACAAAGACAAAUCUGUAUAAGCACCUUGUAAUGUUUGUUUAUGACUGAUAUCUAAAAGAAACAAACCAUUUAAUGAUGGUUUAACACUCUUUUUAUCAGCAGCAAUAAAACCAAUAAUAAUA